AGUGGUAUCGUAAAUUUGUAAGCACAACAAAUAUUAUCCAACAGUUGUAUUCUUGUAUUGCUGUAUACUCCAUACUCGAACUGAUUAUCGAUUACAUAGUUAUCAUAUCAGCUGUUAUAUAAAAGUUACACCAAGUCACCAACGUAAGGAAUACCGUAAAAGGGAUGGUUUUUCAUAUUUUAUAAUUUCAACUAAAUUUGUAUCUAACUUUUACUAGUCAUACUCUUAAUUGAAAAAACUGUGAUUAGCAUUUCGCAUAUUAUACCAAAAAUCGUUUUCUUAGUUUCUCAGUAUUAAAAUAUAGUUCCUUUCUUAGUUUAUACAAUUAUUUUCUAAAGACUGCACUUUUUCCUAUUAUUUGAAACCCGACUUUUAUUAUAUUCAUCAAUUUAGUUAUAAUGGAAAAUCAGAAUUUAAUGAAUAUGGACAUUGAAUUAUCAGAACAUGAUUCAAAAACUUUAUUCGUGGACAAAAAUGAUGUCAUAUUAUCUGACGAAAUAAAAGAUAAAAACAAAAAUGAUAUUGAUGAACAUAUUCUAAUGCCAGACAAAAUUAUCACUGCAGAAAAAUUGUUGCCACUUGAAAACACUUUUGAAGUAAUUGAACAGGAAUUUACAACUUUACAUGAUAAUGAAGCUGUAGAAGUUACAAUGAUAUCUAAAGAUGAAGAAAAAGAAAAAAUAUUAGAAAAUGAUCCAAUGUCAACUUCUAAAAUUGAAGAUCUUGCUAUUCCCCUUAAAACUGAAUCUCCCAAAGAAUCUCCAAAAGAAGAACUUAUGGUUUCUGAAAAAUUAGAGUCCAAGAUUGAUAUUAUAAAAACGGCUAUAAGUCAAGAAAAUGAAUCCAUUGUACAAUCUGAAAUUAAAAUAGACACCCCUGAAGUUAUUCCUAGAGUGACUUCUAAGAAAGUUACCGAUGAAGAUGUUUGUGAUAUAAAGAUUGGACCCGAUGAACUAUUUUGCAGAAUUGGAUUAGGUAAGAUUUUAAAACUAUAAUUAAAAUAUAAUAUUACAAUAUAAAUAUCACUGUAUAUAAGUAUAAUGUAUAAUUAUAUUACAUUCUAUUGAGAAAAUGACCAACUUAGUUAAGGGAAUUUGUGACAGUUUUCUAAUUUUAUAAAAUUUAAAAAUCAUUUUUUUUCUUUUGAUGCUUACCAUAUUGACUUAUAUUAAUCUACUAACCAAUAUAUCCAUUUAUGUGCAAGGUUUGUGGCUGUUUUUACGGAUAAAUAAGAUAUAUUAGACCAAAAAACCAAAUAAAACUGUAGAUAUUGUGUUUAAUGGAUCUAAGUUUUAAAAUACAAUCAAAUUUUUCUACAAUUUCAAAUAAAAACCUUAAAUUUUUAUUUUAAAAUUAUUCUUAUAAAAAUCUAAAGAUUAAAUAAUCAUAAACUGUUUUUACAAUUGAAAUCUGUCAAUCAUAAUUCCUACAGUUUUGCCUGGCUUUUAAAAGGAUGCAACUUCAAUAUAUAGUAUCUUCAUCUUACAAACGCGAGACAUAUCAAAUUUUGUGCUGUUAGUUUUAAUAUUAAAGCAAAUCAACCUAUUGCCAAAAUUACAGAUAAAAAUUUGUAUAUGCCUUAUCAUUGACGAUUUUUUAAUAUUUUUAUUUUUAAGCGAGAUGGAUAUAUGAAAUAUCACAGAAAUAAUUGUAUUUUACUCUAAGAUACUGAAAAAAAAACAUCAACGUUUAGGUAGACAAUCUUCUCACCUUUAAGUUUUGUAAUAAACAAAUUUACUCAGAUAUGGAUUGAGAAAAUAGAAAAUGAUUCAGAAAUGGUCAACAAAAAUAUACAAAUUGAGGAGACAUAUAAUAGGAACUGAUGGAAUUAUGUUUUGGUCACAGCAAUGAGACUUCAUGGUCUGCUAAGCUGUUAAAAAAAAAUAAUAGGUCAAAUUUACUUUAAUAUUAUAACUAACACCAUAAAAUUUGUUAUACUACAUGCAAAUUUUCUACGUUUGUAUAUUACAUUUGUAAGACGGAGAUAGUAAAUGCGGGUGUGGUAUCCUUUUAAGUUUUAGGUUUAAUUAAAUAUACACUGUCACUAAUUCCCCUUAAAUAUAAUAUAAUUUCUAUUUUAGAUGAAGGAAAGAAACCUCAAGUUAUUUAUGAGGAUACACAGUGAAUUGUUGGGCAUAUUUCUAAUAAUAUUAGUGGGUACUUUUAGCUUUUACUUAUUAUAGGUGAAAUAUUCAUGGAAAUUCAUAUUUUAAGUAAUACUUUUUUAUUUAUUUUUUAACAUUAAAAACUGAAUAAAAAAAACUAUAGUGGGCGUUAUUAAUUAGGAUAUGGGUUGAUUAUGAUCAUAAUUUUUAAAUGUUCUAAUAAUAAUAUUUAUUGCAUUUAAGAAAAAACAUAUGUAACAAAUUAAAAGAAACAUAAUGUAAAUGAUUAUAUCUAAAAACCUAGCCUUCUUGAGAAAAACUGUUUUUAUCCAGAAAACAUUCUUAAGUUAUAAGCUAUACUUUAACAAAUAACAACUUUAUUUAAAAUAAUAUUAAGUAGUCAUGAUGAUGAUACAUAGCGUCUUAUAUCUCCAUUUGAUUAAUAUUUUCUACCAACAAAAUAAGAAAUAUUGGGAUGACAAUAAAUUGAAAGUAGAAAAUAUUAUUUUAUGACCAAAUUCAAUAAUUGUAACUUCUGUUGAAUAAUAAUUUCAUUUGAGUCAAAUGGACAUUUAUUUUACUGGCCUAAUGAAAUAAAAAUAUAUUUUAGUUUUCCUAAAAUUAUAGACACUCACUGGUCAUCUAUCAAAAUUAAAAAUGUUAACUUAGUAAGGUUACUACUGCCUCAACUUACUAUAUUCUGCUCUGAAUAUAUUUUUUAACAAUACAAUAUUACCUAUAAGUAAUUCAAUUAUAUUAAGAAGUAUCCAAUAUAUUGUUUUUAAGUGUAUAUUCUAAUGAGUUUAUUAAUAAGUAGACACUUAUCUACUGUAUUAUAUUUACAUACAUACAUUUGCCUGAGGCAUAUUGAAGUAUGGAAAACUUGAACUAGUAUGUAUAAUUAUGAGUUAAAAUAUGUCUUGUUAUUUAUUCGGUUUAUGACAAAGUAUAACUGUGUCAAACUAAUUAAUUAUAAGUAUUUUUAUUUCACAUUUUAUCUAUGAAAUGUUGGUAAACAUAAUAAGUAUAAAUAGAUUAAUUACUUACGGAAUUUUCUUUCUAAAAAAAAGUCUAUCAUUCAUAUAAAAAAAUUGUGUGUAAACUGUUACUUAUUACACUCAUCAUGAAAGUACGGAUAAAUAGUUUAAAAUACAAAAUUCAAUUAAUGUAUGAAACAUAUUGUAUGGUGUCCACAUAUUAAAGGCAAUAAUUCCAUUAAUUAUUACGUUGAAUAUUGAAAUGGCUAUGUAAUAUAAUGCAUUCAUAUUUACUGACGUUUGACACCUAUUGUUUUAUGAAUUAGUAUUUUAAUUUCUUUAUAAAUAUUAAUAAUUGUUAUAAAUAAUAAUUUUAAUAAUUACCAGUAUGUGUAUCGUGUGUUACCUAUAAAGCAAAUAUUUGAAUUUAUAAUUAUUUAAAGUUUCUAGAAUUAACUUAAUUUAAACACACACCUAAGAUUAUAAAGAAUUUCAUUUUCUGUUAGAAACCUUAUAAUAUUAUAAAAUAUAAUAUCAAUAUCAAUUUUUUCAUUAUAAUAUUAUUGUAGGCAUAAGAAAUCUAUGAAUUAUCCAUAAUAAAGCCCGUAAAAUGUUUAAAUAAUGUGUAUAUUUAAUUGUGUAGUAUUAGUCUUUGUCUAACAUUUAAAUUUAAAUACAUUUUUAAUGAUUUUCUGCUUUCCUAUCCUAUCAAAAUGAUAGUGAAAAAUAUAAACAACGUAAGUAAGUUGUCCUCAUCAAGAUAGUAUUUGUGAUAGUUACUAUCAUUAUUACAAUAGAACUAAAACUAUCAUACAAAUAUACAGAUAUGUACAAUAAACAUUGUUAUUAAAUUAUAAAUUAUUGUACAUAUCUGUGUGCAAGUAAAAUGAUAUUUUGAUAGUGUGAUUUGUGUGAUAGUUUUGUUUACAUCAUAGACUAAGGUAUUAUAUAGAAAAUAGCAAGACAGGUAUGAGGGGACUGUCCACAAAAAUCAACUGAUUAUGCAGAAUUAUUUUUUCCUUAUUGAGCCACAUCACACUUCAUCUUAUUGUUAUUUUUUUUUUUUUCGUGUCAGGCAUCAUAUAAUUAAAUUUAAAACAAACAUGUAAUUUAUAAAACAANACUAAAUAGAUAAUAUCAAAUAAGUAAAAUAUGUAAAAUAUAAAUAAUAAUAACACACUAAUUGUUAUUGAAGUGUCUAGUUCUAAAGAAUCCAUUAAGACAUAAUUUGUUGUCAGUUUUUAAUCUUUUAGAAACAUUUUACUGACCAAAAAAAUUUGUCCCGUAUCUAGGACAUUUUCCCUCCACAUACUUGGCAUAUUUUACCCUCGAUAACUAAUUUGUGGUUGCGUUAAGUUCUGUCAAACAAUAUGAGGAGUUCUAAAUAAAAAUUUGUUGAGUUAUUCUAUCUUGGUAAUGCGCUGGAACAAUAUGUAGUGGAGCAGUGGCAUGACGUGCAUAUAAGCAUUGUAAGCGUUGUUUACACCUUCAGUUAUUGAAUGUUAUAGGUAUAUUUUUAAGUGAACAAUUUUUGCCAUGAACAAGUUUUAGUAAUUUAAUAUUAUACAUUACAUUAUGCAAUCGUAUGAGAUGACAUUUAAGCAACUUUCAAAUAUAUUACAAGACCAAUCAUUGUGAUGUGAAUAGCAUGAUAUAACUACAUAAGACACUGCAAUAUUUAAAUUCCCAUCGGUUAUUAUCACUCAUUGACUUCAAACAGUUCAAAAUAUUAUUAUUACUCGAUAAUGUCUAGUUUUGAAUUAUGGUUGAUUAUUUAAAUCAUUUUUGAUAAUAUUUGUAUUAAAUAAAUUGUGAGCGGCUUUCUAGAGGUGAUGAAGGUACUGGUAGGUAUACACUUUUUGGUGAUUUUGCACUUACUGACUACAUCGGAUAAUUUGAAUAUCGGCUCAUGGUUUUGAAAAAAUAUCGGAUCGAUUAUCGGUUUUAUAUCGGUAGCGAAUAUUUGAAAUUUGAAUAUCGGAUAUCGGGAAAAAGGCUCACCACUAAUAUUUUCAUUAUCAGCCGGGUAUACACCAAACGCUCAGAAAAUCAUAACGUUACUGUAAGAUUUGGCGGGUUUGGUAUAGACGGGUUUCGCGCACGAUAUAUUACAUGACUGUACGUACUACGUGUUGCACGUUUGUUCCGUGUUCGGAAUGCUAUAGGUACAUCAAAGGUUUUCGGGCGCGUUUUGUUUCAUUUGGUUUGGACGGCCGUCGUCAGUCCAGUACGUCUGGUUCAACGCUUAGACGAACAUUCGAAAACGUUUAACCAUGUUUGCGUCGCGGUAUAGACGCUCGGGUUUGCGAGGACGUACGUCGUAUAGGCGAAACAUUGUUGCAGUAUGUUGAACGCGGACGCGCGUUUGUUGCGGACCCGGCAUCCCGGUUUUAGUUAUAAUAUAAUAAUGAGCUGCAGUUAUUUAAGUUUUAGUCAUAGAUAUAGAACUAUUGUAUUCUAUAUCCAUGGUUUUAGUAUUAGUAUUAGUUUGAGGAGCAAAGGUCUUCUUCGGUACACUAAAAAUCCGAGAAGUUGAUCUCAUUUCAACAGUUCAACUUCUCGAGUGGACUUGCCAACAAAUUCUAAUUUGUUUCCAGAGCUCCUGUCGCGGUGUAUGUUAAAAGUGUAAACAAAAAAAUUAUGGUUAUUAAUUAAGUUUCCAUAUUUGUUUUAAUUUUUAUUAUAUUUGGUAAAACCCAACUGAAUAUAAUUUAAAACUUCAAAAUUAUUCUGAUACCUAUAGCUUUAUCAUACAAAUUAUUUGUUAUUUGUUAUUUAUAUCAAUACCUAUGCACUUUGUUGUUAAAUCUAAACAUCUUAUCGAUUAAUGUUAUUAUAUUUUGUGAUUAUAAUACGACUAGGUAUACUAUUUAUCAUCAUAAAAUAAAUAUAUAACCUAUAACGUCGGCGAUCGGUGUGAAAUUACCCAUAAUCGAAAGCAGGUUUGCUGUAAAUUGAAAAGUAAUAACUGUUGAUUCCUUCCCAUUACUUCACCACUACAACAGUAUUAAAUGUUCGACUAUUUAGUUUGUGUCUUGGACAAUUAUAUUAAACACGUGACUUGAACUAUUUGUGCUUAACUACAGUUAUAAGGUUUAUUUAUUUUCUUAAUAUCGUUUUACUCAUAUUUGUAUUUCAUGAAUUAAAUAAUCAUUACAAUAUUCAAAAACAUCAUACCUAACGAAAUUUGAAUUAAAUUUAUCUUGAAUAAUUAUUAAACAUGAAUACAGAAGGAAAUCAAGAUAUCAAUGUUUUAAAUGUUCCUGUUAAAGACAUUUUGAGUAUUAUGAUUCAACCUAGUGAGUGAUGAUAAUUAUUGUUCAUUAAUUAAUUUUUUUUAUUAAAUCUGAACUAAUACAGUUUUAUUAAAUAAACAUAUCUAUUUAAAAUUAGUUACAGGUAUAUAACAAUCUGUAUAUUAGGUACCUACAUAUUAUAAUACCUACUAAUUAGAUCAAAUAUAUUUUUUACAUGUUGUGAAAUGGUUUAGUUAAAGGCUUAUAACAGUAAUUGAAAAGGUUUUACAAAACUCAUAGAUUACUAAUUUCAGACAAACCAGAUGUAUUUCAAAAAUUAGAAAAUUAAUGAUGUUUUAUAUUUAUACCAUAUAGGUAUUAUGCUUAUUAGUAUAUUAAAUUAUAAUUUAUUCAUAAUACAAAUUAUACCUAUAAGUUUUAUUUUAAAUAGUAUUAUAAUACAAUAAUAAACUUUUUUGUUUUUAGAUAAAUGGUUUAAUCCUGAGAAGUUGCCUCCAAAAGGUAUGUAAUCUAUCUUAAUAUUGCUCUGGAUUAAUUUACGUUUUUAAGUACAUAAUAUUUAAUUGUUACAAGUGAACCAGUAAACUGUUCAUUAAUAUUUAUAUAAUUAUUUUUAUUACACCAUCAGUGAUAUGCCUAACUAAAAGAGGACAGGGAAAAAGUAUUUUGUGGUUUUAGUAUUAUUUGAAAAAUAAAUUUGUAUAGGUUACAAAAUUAUAAUAAUUAAUUACAUAUUUACUUUUCAUUUUUAAACUAUAUAACAUACCAGGUGAUUCAUUUAAGUGGGUACACUAUCUCGGAAAGUAUUAACUUCUUCUGGAAUUCGUUUUUUAGAACAUUUAAGAAACUAGCUGCUCCGCAAUUUUAUAUUUGUGUUAUUUUUUUCGUCGCUCUUAUUGUUUAGGGUAAAACAACAACUAUUUACUUUUGAUUUUCAAAUAGCACCUAUAUUAAAAAUACAUUUUUGAUUUCUGUCAAGCUGUUAAUGAGGUAUAUCACUUUUAAUUUUAGGUUAGAGGAGAGUAGUUGUGCAUUAUUAACCGUCACACUAAUGAUACUAUGAUACUCUACUAUUACUAUUCUUUUCCAACCUAAACUUAAAAAUGGAAUAUCUUUUCAGUGGAUCAACAGAAAUAAAAAAUUUCAACACCACAAUUUAUUUUAACUAAUACUCAAUUUAUUUAUGAACUUUUUAAUAGAGAUUAUUAUUUGAAAAUCAAAUGUAGGUAGUUGUGUGGUGACAAAAAAUAUCAAAAAUACAGAAAAAGUUAAUACUUUCCAAGAUAAUGAGUGAUAACAGAUUUUAUUUAUAGUCAUGUCAUUGUAUACUAUUACUAUUACAAUUCAUAAUUUAGCCAAUUUAUGUACACAUCAACAGAUACCUAUCCUACAUAAAUGGUGUACAGUGUACUAGUUACUAGAUAAUGUUUUACGGAUGAACUUUUGUAUUUACUUACUGAUGGAUAACAUAAUGCUGAUAUAAAGUUUCUACUUUACCUUCUCCAAGGUGAAUUUAAAAUAUCAAGGCCAAGUAUUUAAUAUAUUCUAGCAUUUCUUUGUAAUAUUAGAUCUCGCAAAUUUCCACAUACUUAUCCAGAUCAAAUUUCAUAAAUAAUGUUAACUUAAAUUAUUUUGUACAUCAUUCAUAUUCAUAAUAUUUGUUGGUUUUUUAGUUAUAUUAUUAUUUUAUAUUAUAAGGAUCUACUGUAUACUUUUUGUAUUGUUUUCGUGAGAUUAUUGAUUUUCAAAUGUAAUAAUAUUAUUGUUAAUUUAAGAUUAUUGCGAAUCUUCAUUAUAAUAACACUACAUAUUUUUAUAAUAAUUUUUUAAGAAUAUAAACUAUAUUACUAUAAUAAUAUAUCUAACCUAAAUUAGGUAUACCUAUUCAUUGAAAUCUCUAAUUUUUAAUGUCCAUUAUUGAGUGACAUAAGGUAUUUAGGUGUAUUUUGACUUUGUAACCGUGAGGUUUUCAUGAGCUGAUCUCUAUUAUUCUUUCUAGCAAAUAGUUUAAUGAAUUUCAUAUCUGUCUUUUUUUCAUUGAUAAGGCGAUAUACUAUUUAGUGAUGUUCGGUUACUAGUUAGACUAAACUCAUGUGAUGAGUAGAUGAAUAAUAAUAUUUUUUUAAUUUGAUCAAAUAUGCAAUAUGUUUUAAUGUAUAUUUUUCUAGUUGACAUUUGUAGUUAUAAUAAAAAAUACAGUUCAUUUUGUUUUAUUUAUAUUGAUCAAAUUUAGUUAUCAAUGUUCUAGUGAAACUUGUAGAAAAUCAAGUAAAUUCUAUAACAUUUCUUGGGUCAUACAGUAUUGGAUAUGAAAAUUAAAAUUAGCUUUCCGAAUUACUGAACAUAAUAUACAUGUGCCCCAUAAAGAUAUACCCAUUGUAAUAUUGCAAUUAAUUUUCUAUGUUUUGGUUAAAAAUAACUAUUUUAUUAUUUUUGAACAAUUUGAAAAUUCUUCUGAAAAUGUUUAUGUAUCAAAUUUUAUUUUAAUUAAAUUCGUGUUUUUUAAAGUUUAGAGAAAAAAUGUAUACAGUCAAAUGUAGUAAUAAUAAUAAAUUAGAGAAUGUGGUUACAGUCUGCUACAUAACUAUAGGUACUUUUCUCUGAACUUCAAAAAAUUAAUUAAAUCACGAUGUAAUGAAAAUUAAAAUAUUUUUUUAAGUUUUUUUAUUAAAGCGUAACAAAAUAUUUUUAAUAUAAAUAUUGGUAGUCAUUAUCCCUGUGUUAUACAAACAGAAUUUGAUUAUCCUUAUUAUCUCUAGAUAUAAUACAAUUUGUAUAUCUUUGUGUGACAUCUUAUAGUUAAAUUUUUCAGAUGACAUAUAAUGCAAAAUUAAUGAUGAAACCUUUACUAUCGAUUUUAUCACCAUAUUAUAAUUAUAUUGUCCAUUUUAAGAAAAUUUGAUUGACUUAAUAAAUCAAUGUUUGCAAUAUUAAUCAUUUAUAAAUUGUCUAAAAUAAUAGAAAAAAUAAUAUGUGUUUAAGUUAGUAGAUUAACAUUUAGUCUCUGGGUAUGUUUUUAAUGUCGUAUCAAUUAUCAUAAAAUUAUCAAAUCAUAAUGUUUAAUUUGUAAGAAACACAAAUUAAUUAAAAAAUGAUCGUAAUACAAUCUUGUACUUAUUAAUUUUAAAUUUUAAAAUGUUUAUAUAUUUUAAAUUUCCUACUGAAUUAAGCUGAAAUUAUAUUAAAUUGAGCAUACCUAGCUAUAAUUAUUAUGCUUGGGAAAAGAAUUAUAAAGCUUAAUUUCCCUGUAGAGCGGAGUCCAUUUAUUUGAUUUACAAUAUUGAUGGAAACGUAAAACAUUAAGCCAUACCAUUGAUGAAAUACAAAUUAUUUUAAAUACAGUAAACAGAUAUUUUUAAUUUGGGUUUCAAUGUUAUCAAUUUAUUUACCAUUGAGACAAUAAAGUAUCAUCAGUAAAAAUGUUGAAAUGGGUACAUAGACUUACUCGGUAGUAAACUACUAACGGCCCACUUCACAACAACAACAAAAAAAAAAAAAUAAUUUUUCACUAUUCAUGCUAUCAAACAUAUUUUGUUAAAGUUUUGGGUUCUGAGAUCUAGUAUAGGUUGUAGCACGCCUAUAAAUUUAUUAUGUGCAGUCUGGCCUAAAAUUUUAAAUUCUGCUGGGUGGAGAGCCACACCUAUGAAGUUAAAAAAAAUUUUUUAUUAUUAAUUCGUGGUCAUCUAUUAUGUGAUUUUACUAUUAGUUUUAGUAAAUUUCUUUUUUGGCCAAUUUAUUUUCAAUAUCAAUGAAUUAUUACAGAGGGGUAUAAUCUAGUUAAUAGUGCAAGUAACAUAUUUUAUUGGCAUUGUAUCAUCAAUGGAAUGAAGUUUGUUUUUUUUACAAAAUAGUGCCAAUUAUUUAUUAUUUUUAAACAAAUUUUAGAUUCUAAUGUAGUGCUUUAAAAUUAUUUUUAGUGUAAAAUGAGGCAUUCAAAUUUCAAAUUUCAUUAUUUUUGAUUUCAAGGAUUUAUUUUAUUUUGGCCAUUUAUCAACUAAUUAUUAUUAUUAUAUUAGUCACUAUUUAUUUGUCUUUAAAUCAAGUAGGGUGGAGUCACUUUACGUGAGUCGAAAUCGACCUAAACGCGUAAAAACGUGUGGUGCGCUUGAUACUUUUUAAAACAAUAAUUACUAUUAUUUUAUAACAUAAUGUCUUAAGAUUUAAGCCCUGUAUACACGCAGUUCAGUUCUAUGAUCGUCAAUAGUAUCAACAUAAUAAUAUAAUGUCAAUUUAUAUUUUUAUUAUUUUCCGCCAAAUCGACCACUUAUGUAUUAUAGUAUAAACCAUAUAUUUUUAUUACGUAAAAAUUAUAAUUAUAAAAAUGCGUAAAUUUUAACAUCAAAAUAAUAUUAAUAGAAGUGCUCAUAAAAUUAUUGAUCAUAUUUCAAUAUAAUCGCUUAAAGAUCGCCUAUUCACAAAACGCACGUACUGUCACGUUAAGUCGCGAACACGCGUUUGUGCAGCGUUAAAUUUAUAUAAUACAAAAUUCACGUUUAUCGUAAUAUGUGUCACGUAACUACAGCAAUAGCGGCUCUGGUUAGGAACAGCAGCAGCUGCUGCUACUCGGUUCGGGUUGCUGACGUUACGACUACCGCCGCUUCCUCUGUGCAGCGGUUGUCCCACAAAUUCGUUGGCGUUGGCCGAUAUUUCGCCGACGGGUCGUCAGCUGGUCCUGGGUUUUUUCUGCCCCGUACCGCCACGCGACCCCUCGGCGCCGUAUCUUUUACGGUCGAGACUCCCUAGUCCCUUGUCCUAUUGAUCGCGUUUGCCGCCAAUAACGCGAUACGUAUACGCACGUACACACACACACACACACACACACACAAACACACAUACACACACAUAUAUAUAGAGUGCACGAUUUGCUCGUUACACAACACGUUCGUCGUAGUACCGCGUCUCGUUCGUUUUUUAUUGCGCCGCAAUAAUAUUAUAAUAUUCUACAUUAUAAUCAUUAUAAUAUUAUUAUUAUUAUCGUCCCUCGUGAUCGUUCGUUUUCCGUCGUCGUCGUUACUCGUUACCGCCGUUGCCUUCGUCAUUCAUUGUUUCGCGAACAGUCGAUUCGUUGUUCGUCAUACCGAACCGUCGUUUUACCGGUCGCACCCGUCCGUUAAAAGCUCGGUUUUUUAGCUGAACAGUAUUAUUAGAAAUAAUCGCGCGCGAGCUGUCGUGCCCGUCCGUAAAAAUAGAUUCGCCGUAUGAAAAGACUAUUUGCCCGGUCCGACUAAUAUGUGUCGCCAACAUUAGAGUACACAUUAUUGUAGUGUGACUAUAAUAAAGAAAAAAAACUCUGCGAAUAUAGUUGCCGUUUUUGUUUCUCGUGUCGAUUGCUGUAUCCUACCCGAAACAAUAAUAUUAUACUCGUUCGCGGCGUGUAGUAUUUAAUAAUUACCUGCCUAAUCUUUUCGAAAAAUAAAAUCGCCAUGGGACCCAAGAGGGAAAAACGUAAGUACACCGAAUUAAACACUAUUUACCUAAUAAUAACAUCGACUAAGGUUCAUCUACUCAGGACUAUAUUUGAUAGACGGGUACUGGGCGAGAGGAAGUAGUGUUCAAAUCGUUCGAAAACGCGAGAAAUAUUUUAGCUGGGUAAUGGACAAGAAAAUUUAAUUCAUUACCUAACAGUCGAAUGUCCAAACGUAUUUAAUUAACCAAACGUAGUAUUGUUAUUGUUAAAUUGACAUGGUUGUAAAUAAAUAACAAUUGUAAAUUGGUAUCUCGUGUCAAACUCUAAAUAACUGAUAAUAAUGAUUGGAUGGUACCUAUUCCUCGGUUUUUUUUUCUCGCAUAACCUUCGAACGGUUUUGUAGUCAUUCGCCUGUCCCAGCGUAAUUAACUCUGUGAAAUUAGCCAGUAUUAAUCAUUGUAAUUUUGUUUAGUAUCGCAUUAAUGUUGUGUAUCGAUUUAAAUUGCACAUAUACGAGGUAGGUACUUGGUAUAUUCAAGCCGUAUACGGUACGCCUAUUACAUAGUAAUAGUUCUUCUAUAUCUACUCAGACGAUUUAUUUUUGAUUAUUACCGUGAAUAUUUUCGUGGAAUUUGUCUAUAGACAUUCGCUUAUAACUCGGAAUUUUAUUUAUUUAUUCAUUCUUAUGUAAUUAACGCGUUAUAAUACAAAUAUGACUAAUACGCGGGUUAAUGUACAUUAUUACUCGCGUUAUACGCAAAUAAACAACAAAUCGUAGUUCAGUGUAUUGUUCUAUAAUGUUAAGAAAAUAAUAUUAUAAUAAUACCAUUAGCAUUUACCGUAAUGCGUCAGUAGUGCACACUGUUCGCUAUCAACUAUGAUACAGAUGUGUCGUAACAGUACGUUAGCCGAGCUAUAUAAUAUUUUUACAUUUUUUUCUGGAUGAUUUUUUUUUUUUUAAAUUGUCAUCAAACACGGUUUCUAAAUAAAGAAACGCAAGUUCAAAUAUUUACUCAGUUUUUUAUUACGGGCCUUUUUAGAUAAAAAGAUAAUUCCGUACGCCUACCCAUCGUAACAAUAGCGGUUUUGAAAUCACGUGUUUGAUUUUAAAAGUUGAACCACAGCUAUCCUGGUCCGGCUUUACCCGUGCUAAUUUAAUUGACUGUGUAAUUAAUCAAAUCCGGCAAAAUAAAUAAACAAAGAUACGAUUAUUAUUCGUCGUAUUAUAAGACAAAAAAUCACGUGUGAACCAUCUUUUUAGGGUUGAAUUCGGAGAUAACGGCAACCUUACCCUUAUUUUGAAGGUCAUGUGUACGAAAUCUCAUCAAGGUCUGAUAAAAUUAUAGAUUUGUUUAAAAACACGCAUAAAUCUUAUAUUAUACGAUAUAUAUUAUACGUAUAUUAAUCGUAAUAUUAUAAUGUACAUCAAUAGAUUUUUAUUUUUCAGAUUUAAACUAACAAAUAUAAUAUAAUUUAAAGUAUCUAUGUAAAAAUAUAGUAAUUACUGGACAAUUUCAAAGGAAUUUUAAUUUAUUUUAGAUAUCGUUUACAUACAUAUAUACAUAAUUUUAACCGUUUGUUAAAAUCAUGUAUGUUUUAACAGCUAAACAUUUUCAUCACGUUACACUCACAAGGUGUUCCUUGUACUUUAUGAAUGAAAUUAUUUACCAUACUAAAAUGAUAAAAAGUCGUUUAUUACGUAAUAAUAAAAAUGUUUGAAGGGAAACCCUCGUGAUAGUUAUUCUCGUUUUAAUCUUUAUAGUUGGUAAUAAGACAUGAAUAUGUAGGUAGAAAUCUAGUUUUUUUCUGUGUAGACUGCUAGGUCCUAGAAUUGUAAUGUACUAAUAUAAAUAUAUUAUUAUAUCUUUUUUAGACAGAUGAUGAAAAAAAUUAAGGUGCAUGUAUUUUUUUAAUACUAAAAAUAUGAAUAUAGCAAUUUUGAUGUCUAAAUUGUGGUAUUUUACAAUUUAUCCCUACCGCAUUAAUAUGCUACGCAACAGAAUAUUAACGGUUAUUUUACUAUAAAAUCAUGACUUAUCAAAUUCGAUUGUUUGAUAGCGAUAACAUAAUAUGUGACAUGUAGCAUGUUGUUUAUACCUCCUCGGCCAAAGUUUUAGUAACCGUUGUUUUUACUCAAGAGUACAUAGUUUAAAUAUUGUAUCAUAGAGUGCGCACAGUAUAUUGUAUUCUAACACAUUUUGUAGUUUUAAUAUCCCACCCAGGGGCGGUUCUUUCUCCAAUAUACUCUUAGCUUUAUUAUAUGCCUAGCUUGGUCCAUCAUUGAACUCGUUAUAAAUGUGUGCCUUACAUGCGUUUUAAAAAUUCCCCCUCCCCUCGUUAUUUUGUCCUGGAUCCGCCUCUGAUCUCGCUAUUGAAUUAUUGGUUUUCAAUUGAAUUUUAACAUUAAACUGAAUUGGUGAAAUGUAAUUUUAGUAAAAUAUUAUACAUCGGAAUACGGGAAGCUCAGUAGACAUUUUUUAGCUACUUGAGAAUGUAGAUAGUCCCUUAUGGGUAAAGUGCAGUUGUUCGAAAAUGAUUAGGAUAAAUAAUAACUGACCGAAACUCGAAAGCGUAAUUUCUACAACUAUAUAUUUUAAAUUUGUAAUAUUUGAACAUUAAUUACUAAAGGGCAGAUGUUCAUGCUCCAAAAAACUUUAAAACUUUAAUAUAUGUUGUAUACAAUUUUAAAAUACGCUCGAUAAAACGUCAUUGUAUGCCUAAAAAAAUGUAAAAAAUAUGCCCCAAAACAUUAAAUCUUUCCAUCGGUUGAAAAAACUUGUUCGCCGAAUUCAGAAACAAAUGAUCACAUUCGCUCCACUAAUGAACUUUUUCUUUUAACAUUUAAAAAAAAAAAAAAUGAUAAUUAUUUAUAAAAUACGAACACGUUAGUUCUCUCACAACUAUUAAACGAAAGCACUCGCAAAGGCGGUGAAUUGGUCUAUGAACAACGAUAAACUGUCAUGAUAAUUCAGAGUACUCAUUAGCUGUAGAAAUACCUAUUAGCCAUUGCCCAUUAGAUAUUUCCAAUCGAUUACAUUUAUCGAUAAAGAUUAAAUGUCUAAAAUAGUAAUUGAAAUAGACAAUAAUUCAAUGUUAAAUGGCAAGUAAAACCCUAAAGAAACCUAAUAUGCAUUAUUAUGUGCUGAUAAAAUAUAAAUACGCUUUGAAGGAAAAAUGGAUCAAAACAUGAUGUAAAUUUAUGCAACAUAACAAUUUUGCUUCCGUCUUUCAUAGGCCGCAAAAAAAAUUUCCAUCCUACUCUGCAACUUUUAUUAUAAAGGAAAAAAAUAUGAAAAUGCAUGAACAUCCGCCUUUUAUUAAUUAAUAUAGCUCUAUGCCUUUGGCUCCAGACGAAGCAAAUGAAAGAAAAUAAUCUUAUAUAAACUACAAUUUGUUAUGUAAAACCAUGUCGGUUGGUAUUUUAUUUUGUGUGCGGUGUGUACAGUAUGUUAAUAUACGACCGGACCGGAUUUUUCGAACAAGUGCCAUUCACCGGUUGCCCUUUCGCCCCUUUUUCCUUAUCACUUUUGUGUGCUGUUAAAUACAAUUUAUUUUUUAUUAAUAUUACCACGAGUAAAAAAAGUACCGUUGACACAGACAGAGGCAAUUGUGUAAUUUUAUUUCAUUAAUUUCCAAAUGAACAAUUAAUUUUUAAUAAUAUUUUAGAUUCAAAUGAAUGAAUUGAUUUCAUAAUAAUGGUUAUUUUGAAAUAUCUUUUUUUAAAAGAAAUUUUUAUCUAAUUGGUACUUUAGGGAAGUCAAUUUUUGAUAUUUCAUGCGGUUUUAAUAAUAAUUGGGAAAACGUAGGGAUUAACGGACAAAUAUUUACGGCGUACAAAUUUCAUGAUUUUACAUUUUUGUAACUUAUAUGUUUUCUACUAGAAAUAUUGCUUAAAAAAAAAAAGAAACUAGAAACCUAUCUUUUUUUAAAUUUUAAUGUAGUUGAUGAGUAGAAAAUUGAAACCGAAAUAAACGUAGGAAGAACGGGAAAAUUUACGAACAUAAUGUUUUUGGUUUUUUUUUUAAUGUGAUUCAGUAAAAAUAUCCGCAGACUUGAAAUUUGGACGUGGUCAAAUUUUCUAAACCUUAUAGUAAUUUUUAAGCCAUUUAUAGACAUUUAAAUUUUGCCCAUUUUUGUGGGAGUGGGAGUAUUAGAUUGGAGCAAGAUUUUUGGUUGAAAAUUUCGUAGAUAAACCAAUACAUUCCUCACUACGCUCAGAAUCUAAAAUUGCCAUAACCCGAGGAACGAGAAAAAUAAUGUGUGUACGAAAAAUCACAAAACGUUUUAUCAGUCGUAUGUGAUGACCAAUUUUAAGUAUUGUGUUAUAUUGUUUUCAUUGCAAUUAGACGCCUGCUCAGUCUGGAAGGUAUUCUUCCACAGGAAUCCGCGUUUAAUAAUAAUUAAUAAAAAUGUUACUUAGUCUUGUGUGCGUUUUGAUGAAUCGUAACGUAGCUCCCGUUGUUUUGAAUCGGUAAAUUUAACAAUAAUUAUGUAAAGACUCUUAAUAAAAAAUUCACGUGAACACAAAUCGAUAAAAUUAAGAUUUUAUAUUAGUCUCGUAUUUUUAUUUUGUUGUAUACAGUAAUGAGCCACAAGUUAUCUGUACUGUUGUAGCACACAAUGUUAUACUUAUACUAAUAGAUACUUAAGCAAAAAUCACUCGAAUACAUACCUGCCAUUAAACAUAAUUGGAUAACAAAGAUACGUCAUUACGGCGUGUUUGCCAAGGCUACCCGAUAAUUGCAUUGACUAGCCAAAAGUUUAAUUUAAAACCAUUAUUCUAAACGUAGGUAAUUGAACUAGUGUGACCGGACAUCAAGUGGUAUAGUUGUCCCGUUCUUGAAAAACCGUUCUUCAAAGAAAAUCUUUAUUUUCUGAGAUUUAAAGUAAUUGUUCUAUAUUCACUGUAAAUUGUAUUGUCUAGAUAUACUUAACUUUGAAUGUUUAUAUUGCAUAAAAGUAAAAUUAUUCCAAACCAGGAAUGGUAAAACGUUAUUAAAUAAUUUUAUCAUUGAGCGAGGGACGUAAACGGGGGUUUUAUCGAUUCCGUUGGAUUUCCAAUAGAAAUGUUAUAUAUUAUGUUGAUUCAGACAAACUAUUUUACAUGUUAAUUCUGCUGAAUAUGCGUUCGUCUCCUAUACAGUUAUUAUAAAUUAACCUUAGAUUAAUAAUAUUAAUUAUGAACAAACUUAUAAAACAGAAAUUAUAGAUACCUAAUCUGUAAGUAUUAUAAUCAUUUAAUUACAUAAAAUUUACAUUUAUUACUUUUGUAUUAUAAUGAUAGGUUUUUUUUUCGUGUAUGUCAUACACUAUAACUGCAAUUUUCAGUUAAUCCAUAGUUAAAAUAACAAUCUAUAUUAUUUAAGAGUACUUGGUGCGUACAAUAAAAAAUAAUGUUUGUACCGGUUUCGUCGAUCCUCAUAUCCAGCGUUACCAUAAAAAUUUCUAAAAUAACGAAACGUCAAAAAAUUUAAACUUUUUAUAUUUUAUUCUACUUUACCACUUCAAAUUUAAAAUUGCAUUAUCUCAAAUGAUAAAAUAUUUGUAGAUGGUACAAAUGUGCUUCUGUAACCGUAUUAUGGUUCUUAUAUGUUUACUAAUAGUUAUUUUAUAAACAGUCGGCGGAAUGUAAAUUGUAAAUUAAUCGCGGUGUAGAAAUAUAAAUACGACAAAAAAAACUUAUACGGCUUUACCUAAUGAAAAAAGAAAUCCUUAAAUCGUAAUAACUAAUCUACUCUUAUAUAAUAUGAAUUUGUGGUGUUUUUUUUUUUUUUUUUACAACAGGGGGCAAUUAGAUGAAUCGGGUGUACACAGUUCAAAUUUUUUUUUUUCAUAUUUAUAUAAUUUUAUACACGAGUAUUUUAUAUCCAACUACGUACUAGUAACAUAACGUUUAAAGUUAAAAUUAUUAUAAUUUAUUUAUAUUAAUAAUUUAUUACAUUUUGGUUUGGAUAUUUGUUACACAUUUGCUUUUUUGGAUAGGAAAAUAUCACGGUCGCACCAGUUUUAUCGCUUGUUUUAUUGUUUUCAAACGAGGCGGUGGUUCAAGGUGUUGUGUAUUUAUUGUUGGAUAACGUUGUUUUCGGACAGAUAUCACAUUUUUAAGGUUCGAUGAUAUUAAAUCUAAAUCGGAUAAAGACGUUUAUUUUCUACGCAAUUUUUUGUUUUGUUGUUUUUCUAAUAAUUUAUUUUCACUCUUGCAUGCAUACCUAUGUAUAUCAUUAUUUUUAUUUUUUGUUUGAAUGAAUAUAUUAUUGUAGUUUAUGACGUGAAUUUGUCAGGUUUGUGUAAAUCCUCAAUAAUACUGUGUAUCGUAACGUGCGGUGCGAUUUGAUGUGUACCGUGUACGUGUACAUGUGUAUCUAGUAAAUAAUAUUGUCGUAUACACCUGACGGGCCACCGAUCAAUCUGUUGUUGGGCUGAGAACGACGUUGAUAGUGACGAUUAUCAACGACGUAACGUAUUCCAACGUGGCCCACGUACGCGAUAGUGACCGGCCCUCGGCGGUAUUCAUCGUCGCGGUGGAACACAUGGGAGUCCACGACGCUGUGCAUGUGGAACCCGUCAUAGUGACCGUGGUAGUUUGGUUGUUGUUGUACUCGUGUGCCGUUGAUGGUUCGUGGCGGCAGCGUGUGGUGCACACAGCUGUGAGAAGGUGUAUUAUUGUGUGGCGGAAGCGGUAGUGGAGGGGCUCUCCGGCUACGUGGAAUCCGUCGCCGACGUCGUCUUGUGUUUAGCGCUAGCCACCAAAAAAGAUCGUGUAUCGUGUAGACGAGCGUCGUGGUUACCCUAGUAAUAGUAGUGGUGUGUGAGUAGUACUAUUAUUAUAAUCGAGCGUCAUCACAUUCGUCCCGGCUAUAACUGUUCGCGUUCAUUUCUAAUUUUUUUUCGUUUACCGUUGUUUUCGUCGCGUUUCUGUCGUUCUCGCAACAACAAUGGCACCUAAGAAAUACAACGGAAGAUCGAACAGUAGCUAUAUCGCACCGGCCGCCGUGUUGCCCGAAAGGGGACCAGGUAAUUUUAUUAUAAAUUCGAGUGAUUAAACUCUGCAGAGAAAACGUUUUUGAUAGUUUGUUUUGGAGCAUGCGUUGUGUAGGACGAUGUUAGCGUACUCUGUGGAACAGGUGUGCCGUCCAUGGGAUCUCUUGGAUCGGGCUCAGUGUGGUAGUGAACGCCAAAAAUAUUAUUUUUUUGACUGCGUUACUGUAGACCGCGUCCUCUAUUAUAGCCCCUGCAUUCCGUUCGGUAUUAUCAUACCACUAUUAUGGUUACCAGAUGCGAGCAUCAAUACUAAUCUGCUUUAAAGUUAUUAUGUUCGUUUUCACUGUUGAUUUCCAUACGUGUCACGGACGGCAAAAAAAAUAAUUAUUGUUAUAUAGUAUGUGUUUUUAUGUUCCGUAAAGUUUUUUUUUUUUUUGGAAACGUGGCUGUUUCUAUUACAAAACGAGUUUAUUUCCCUACCUCUCUCUUCCCUGGGUAAACUCGUACACUUAAGGAUUUUAUGUUUAGGUUAGCAAUUUUUACAGUUACCUAUAAAUACAGGUAACUGCUCUACCGAAACGAUGAUGUGGAACAGUAUUUUAUUUUGUUAGAAAUUAAGAUGUAUUCAGAAAUGGUUUAAAUUCAAAAUACUCGUCUUUAAAAUAAAAACUACUUUAUUCUCUCGUCUUACAAUAUUAUUUGAAUCUAAAUAUUAUCGUUAUCUAAAUGUCACUACAAAACAUUAAAGGCAUAUUUUUCAUAAAGAUGUAUUCUAUACACUUAUAUUUAUUGUAAUAGUUUUUUUUUAUAUAUAUAUCUAAAAGUUAUAAAGACUGCAUUUAAGGCACUAUAGAACCUUAAGAUAUGUAUGUAAAAUCCCGAAAUAAUCUAGGUAUCUAAUUGUUUACAGAUGCUGGAAAUUGUGACAAAUUAAACUCUGUAUUUACUUAUAUUUACUUAUAUAUAAUUUAUAAAAUAUUUUAAAAUAUAAAUAUAAAUAAUAGCGUGUAACAGCAUUACAACAUUUGUAAAUUAAAAGCCAUGUACUAGAGUAGUUAGCAUUGAUUGAUUUUCAUGAAAAUGACUAAGCACCCAUAAUAGCUACAUCAAUGGUGUAACCAGAGGGGUAUUGGGGGUUUAGGUGUUAGGGCACUCUUCCCCAUCUGUGUAUUAUAAAUGUAUUGAAAUUUGUUAAAUAUUUUUUUUUUAUUGUAGACAAUGUGACCCCUCUCUCCCCAAAAAAAAAAAAAUAUUUUUGUUGCGUUACUGAUCUGCAUCCUAUGUGCAGUACCCAUGUUUCCUUAUACUAUAAGCUAUUUCAGGACUCAGGAUUUCUGUUUCAUUAUAUAUAUUUAAAAAAAUAUAUACUAAUUUUCUGACUUGUUGGAUACAUUUAAGAGUUAAAGAGUGAGUCUCUUGCCUUUAAUAUUCAACUGUCUACCAUUUGAUUUCCUAAAUUUAUGUAUUAUUUCAAAGAUCAAUUAAUUAUUCUUCAUUUAUUAUCAAUAGUUUAUUUAUGCUAUUUUAUAUUUUCAAUUUAUUUUAUUAUUUAAUAUUUAUACAUUUCUCUACAAAAUUUGUAUAUAUAAUAUAAGAUUUAAAAUAAGCAUAUUUUAUAUUAUUACAUCAUUUGAUAAUAAUUUUUGUUUUACAUAUUUGUAGUCGAGGCAUUGGUGUAUUGGAGAGAUCCUGUAUCAUCGGGCAUUGUUUUUGGUGCUACGCUUGUUGUAUUGCUGUCAUUUAUGUACAUGUCAUUGAUUAGUGUUGUUGCCUAUCUUGCGAUUGUUGUGCAAACUGGAUGCAUUGCAUUGCGUUUAUAUAAAACUGCAUUACAGACAGUUCAAAAAACUACUGAAUCGCAUCCGUUCCAGUAAGUUCAUACAUUUUCUGAAAUUAAAAUUGCAUUAUUAUAACUUAUAUGUAUUAAUAUGUUCUAUAGAGAAUAUCUAGAUAUGGAUAUCAGAUUGCCACAAGAAAAAGCUGAAGAAUUAGGUAAAUUGGCUGUUGUACACAUUAAUGCAGUGUUGGUAGAAUUACGUCGUUUGUUACUUGCUGAAGACUUGGUAGACUCUGCCAAAUUUUUCGGUAUUCUUUGGGUAUUGACAUAUGUAGGUGCUUUGUUCAAUGGUCUUACACUCAUCAUUAUUGGUAUGUAAUAAGACUUUUUUCUUUUCAUGCAUUUCAUUAAAAUUUUCGUUUUUAGGAUUUGUUGCUCUAUUCACAUUACCUAAAGUGUAUGAAAACAACAAAACACAAAUUGAUCAAAACAUUGAACUAGUUAGGAGCAAAAUUGCUGAACUAACUAACAAGUAAGAUUUAAAAUAAUGUCUCAAUAAAAUUUCAGAUUACAAUUAAUAUUGCUUGCAGGGUGCGAGCUGCUAUUCCAAUUGGGAAAAAGACUCCUGAAGCAAAGAAGAAGGAGUAAAUACCUGGACUAUCAAAGCCCAUUUUCUCUUGGCCGAUGAUUAAAAAAAAUUUAGGCCACUUUUUUUUUAUAUAUAUAUAUAAACAUUAUUAGACCAUUGUUCUCCCAGUAAAAUUAAACAUUUAUACUACAUUUUGGAUUAAUUUUUAAUAAAUUAUUAUAUAGUGGAAAAUUGUAUGUAGAUAGUCCUAUCAAUAUUACAAUUUCAUUAUACUUUAGAAUGUAAUCAUGUGAAGACUUGUGAGUUAUUCUUUCAUAUUUUGAUCUGGUCCAGCUUUUGCUCAUUUUACUCUGCCCUCAAAUAUUACAUAAUUAUUAUUCCUUCAGCUAUAUAGCAAAGCAAGCUUAACUUUUAAACAAUGCUAUUUGUUUGUGUAUACUUAUAUUUACUCUGUAAAAUGCGUUAAAGUUAUUUUUUUUUUAUAGAUUUUGUUUUAGAUUCCUAUUUCUAUAUAAAUUAAUAAGUAGGUUUAAUAAUUAUUUUAUAAUUCAAACAGUUAAUAUUAUCGAGUGUAGCUAUAUAUUAUUAUCAUUACAUAAAAGUUUACAAUGUCUUAUUAAAAGCACACUGUUAUUUUUGUUUUCAGUCUGGCAAAAUUAUUAUUUAAAUUGUACAAUUUUAUAACAUUACAAACAAAAAGUACUCUUCAGUGGAAUAUUAUACAUACUAAUGAUUAUUAUUAUUAUUAUUAUUACUAUUAUUAUUAUUAUUAUUAUACUUCUUUUUAAAUGACUAUUUAAAUUUGUAUUUAAAAUCCUAUUGAAUAAUAUAGAUUUCUUUUGCAGUGAUUAUCACUUUAUUUUUUAUUUAUUUAACAUUAAUUUUUAAAUUGUUUUGAACCUUUAAUAUAUUAAUUUAUAUGCUAUAAGUUAAUUUGCUCUAGAUUUAAUUCAUUAUUUAAAAAACUUCUUUAACACAGCAGAGUAAUUUAUAUUUCAUUCACUUAUUAAUUUAUUAGCCCUUUCACUGCUCCAGCCGUACAGUUACAUUCAAAAUAAUUGCUCUAUUUAUUACUCCAGAUUUACUGUUACAUUAUUUUGUAUAGGAAUCAAAAUAAGCAGGAUUAAAACAGUGGUUGUACUAAAAAAACAAAGAGUAAAAUAAUGAAUUGAACAUGUCUGGUAUCCUCAUAUUCGUGGCUAUGAGACAUCUAUAAUUAUUAUCAUAAUAUGUUGGUUACCAAAAUUGUGCAAACAUUUUUUGGUUUUUUUUUUCUGGAGCUUAUACAGUUAGCAAAGCAUAAGUGGUAUAGCAGUGAAAAGGUUAAGUACAGUUAUAUAAUAUGUGAAGUCCUAAUGUUCAUUUGGACAAUUUUGAAAACACUUUUUUAAACUGUAAACAGUAAAAAAUUCCUAGUUAAUAAAAUAAUUUAAACACAUACAUAUUUACAUUUUGGCUAUAUAUUUAUUAUUCUUAAAAUUAUUUAAAAUAACGCUAUUGAUUUUAAUGUUUACCUAUUAAUGUGCAUAGGUUAUUCUAAGUAAUUUUUUACUUCAAAAUUAUUUUUGUAUAACUUUAUUCUGCUAUUAUUGAGAAACUGAUUUGUUGUAGCAAAUACUAGAUAGUAACUAUGUAUUAAAUUAAAUACACAUCAAUAUAUUACAAUGUAAUAAAAUUAUAAUAGCUCAUAAAUGUACAAAUUAUAUUAAUUUAAUUACUAUAAUAGUAAACACAUGGACAUGAUAUAUCUUAUAUCAUCCUAUAAUUAUGAAAAAUGUCCCUAGUGAUUUAAAUAGUUCAGGAACCACUUACAAACGCGAGACAUAACAUAAUGCUUUUAGUAUAACCUAUUUUGUGCCGUUAGUUUUAAUAUUUAAUCAAAUUAACUUAUUACCAAAUUUAAAGGUAAGAAGAUAAUACAUACCAUAGUGUUCAUGUUUUUUCGAUAUUUUAAAUUUUAAGCAAGAUAUAAUCAUUUUUAAAUUAUGAUAUUUAACAUACUCAUAUCUCAUUUAAAAAUUAAAAAUAUUGAAAAAUCAUCAGCACUAGAUUACAUGUAAUUUUAGUAAUAGGUUCAAUUUGCUUUAAUAUUAAAACUAACGGCACAAAAUGUGUCCUACGGUAUACAAAUUUCUUUUAUCUCGUGUUCGUAAGACAGACAGAAGAUGUCAGUGUAGCAUCCUCUUAAUACAUAAUUCUUGAUCAAAUAUCAAAUACAAUUUAAAUCUUUUUCGUCUUUAUUAAGAAUUAGGUUUAAAUUAAAUUUUAAAUAUUACCUAC